AAUAAAUAAAAAAACCUUUGGUUACCUACUCGGUUUCGAUGUUGUGUAUUUCUUCGUUUCGUAUUUUUGUAGAUUAAAAAUUUAAAUAGGUAAUUUAAAAUGCUGCAAGUCUGUUGACAACAUAAAAUCAGCCAAAAUAGUUUAGGAGUAUUUCAUUAGUAUUUUAAAAUGUCAUUAGAACAAACUGCUUGCGAUGAUCUCAAAGCCUUCGAGCGGCGACUAACUGAAGUAAUAGGAUGUCUUCAGCCGGCUACAAUGAGAUGGAGAAUAUUACUGGCGGUUGUCUCUGUGUGCACAGCAAUCGCUGCCUGGCAUUGGUUGACUGAUCCCAUCACGCCAGUAGUUUCUCUGACACAGUCCCUGUGGAACCACCCUUUCUUUGCGUUCACAUCUACCUUCCUAGUGUUAUUAUUCAUGAUGGGAGUACACCGGAAGGUGAUAGCUCCUAGCAUUAUAACAGCCAGGACUCGGUCCGUGCUCAAUGACUUCAACAUGUCUUGCGAUGACACCGGCAAGCUAAUUCUGAAGCCUCGACCCGCUGCCUAAUUACUGCCUUGUAUCAUACUGUAAAUAUUAUUUAAGAAUAAAUUGUUCAAACUUUUGA